AUGAAUGGUUUCAGAGAGUUUCAGCGCCAAAGUUUACAACAAUUACGUCCAAAUUUUUUCGACCUAGAUANCCAAGAUGAUUACGAAGAAUUUGAUAAUGCUGUCAAGAUAUUUGAAUCGUUGGAGCUUCCGAGUGACACAGAUUUUUAUUGGGCUUGCAUUCAUGCAUUUAAAGAAGAAAGAUUUUGGCGUAAGUACUUUAUUGAUCGAGCUGAAAGAACCACAGAAGAUAAGUUGCGCUUUUUACAAGCUUUAACAGGAUACACACGGAACAACGAAUUUGUGGGAAAGCGGUUAGUCUCCGGGCAAAAUGGUGGAAGUCCUAAUCCAAGCAACUUUACUUUUGGUAGUCCAUCUGGUCGUAAUAAUUCAUGGGGUCAAAAUUCUGGUGGCCAAUGGGUCCGAGUUUUCCACAAUGGGGUCCAAGUUUUCAACAAUGGGGCACACCUCAAAAUGCACCACAAUGGGGUUCUAAUUUUCAACAAUGGAGUAUACCUCCAAAUGCUCCGCAUUGGGGUACACCUCCAAAUGCUCCGCAGUGGGGUACACCUCCAAAUGCUCUGCAGUGGGGUACACCUCCAACUGGACCACAAUGGAGAACGGAACAAAAUGCGCCUCAAUGGACUUCACCACCAAGUACUCAACAAUGGGGUUCAUCACAAAAUGCUCCACAAUGUAUUCCUCCAACAAAUGUGCAACAUGGAUUCUCACUAGGUACAUAAGUAGAGACUACAAGAAAUGCUCAACAAGGAGUUUCUCAAGGAGUAGAAGUACCCUCUUUCGAUAACGGUUUUAGAGGAGUUUCACCAGAAUAUGAUUUCACGAAUUAUGCAUCAGGAGGGCAAACAUCACGAUCACGUAGACGAGGAGGAUUAUUCAACAUUUGGGGAAAUAAAGAAGGACCAAAUUUAAAUGAAAAUCAGCAAAGUGAUUCAGGAUCUGAUGAUUAGUUAUACCAUUUGUACUUUAUUGUUAAAAGUUAUGUUAUGUUUUUAUUAUUAUUGAAUAAUGUAAUCUUCAUCAAUUUAAUUUAGUUUUAUGUUAUCUUUAUAAAAUUUCAGGCA